GCCUCAGGUCCAUGGCCGGAAAACCCAUUCUCAAUGGACGGGAUUCGGUUCGGAGGGUUCUUGAGACUUUCAAAGAACGACCUGACAUGGCUCAUGAGGUUAACUCGUACUAUGGACCUGUCAUCGAGAACUUUGAUUGUGAUAAGAGUGUCUACAUGGCGGUGGAGGUCACUGCUGGCAACAGACUCUUUCAUCAUAUUGUGGAGACUGACAAGUUUGGAACGAAAAUCCUGAAGGAGAUGAACAAUCAGAGACUGCCGGGGGAAGUCACCUUCAUGCCUCUCAAUCGUCUACACGUGAAGAGCAUUGAUUAUCCUGAUACGAGUGACGCCAUUCCCAUGAUCUCCAAGCUUAAUUAUGAUGGGAAGUACGACAGAGCGAUGAGGUACAUUUUUGGGAAGACUCUCAUCUGUAGAAAUCUGGAAGCUGCUACUAAUUUGGCGAGGACAUCUGGACUUGAUUGUGUGACACUCGAGGGGGAUCAAGUCUCCUCCAAGGGAUCACUCACUGGGGGGUACUUCAAUACCCUCAGGUCCAGGCUGGAGAUCCAGAAGACAAGGUCUGAACUUAUGGCGCAGAUCAACACGAUGGAGAAUGAACUGUCUAACCUGAGGGAUGAGAUCAAGAAGGCGGAUCAGAAUAUAUCGUCGUAUGUCAGUGAGAUGCAGAGAACGGAGACGAAGAACAGCAAGGCUAAAGACAUCUACGACAAGAUGAAGGCGGAGAUCAGGCUGAUGAAGGAGGAGUUGUCGGCUAUCGAGAGGUAUAGAACACCGAAGGAGAGGAGUCUUGCCCAGUGCACAUCGAAUCUCGAGGCUAUGAGGGCGACCAAGGAGGGUCUUGAGAGUGAACUCCAUCAGGACUUGAUGGCGCAGUUGUCGGUGGCUGAUCAACGGCAGGUGGAUACCCUCAACGACGAGAUCAGGACACUCACGAAAGAGAAUAAGGAGGCUUUUGCCAAACGUAUGAGACUGGAGGCUGAGAAGAACAAACUUGAGAAUCUUCUUACUAAUAAUCUUCAUCGGAGGAAGGACGAACUCGUGCAGGCACUCCAGGAGAUCUCGGUGGAAGACAGGCAGAGACAGUUGGAGACUUGCAAGGCUCAGCUGUCGGACAUAGAGAAAAGAUUGGUCAAGGUCAAUGCUGAUUUCAAGACUAUGAAUGAGAGAGUCGGGGGCGCCACCAAAAAGCAGAAGGCUGAGGCUGCUGAGGUGGAGAAGUGGAAGGCGAAGGAGAAGGAAGUCCAGGAGAAGAUCGAGUCUGAUGCUAAGGAUCUUGAGAAACUCGCCAGCAAGCAGAAUAUUCUACAGCAGAAGAUCGCUGAGUGUACACAGAAGAUCACGGAAUUGGGGGCACUGCCUUCACCUGAGGCUUAUGAGAAGUUUGGGAAUAUGUCGACGAAACAGCUGUUCAAGGAGAUGGAGAAGGCGAAUAAUCAGCUGAAGAAGUACAGCCAUGUUAAUAAAAAGGCGUUGGAUCAGUUCAUGUCGUUCAGCGAUCAGAAGGAGAAGCUUGUGAAGAGGAAGGAGGAGCUGGACAGAGGCGAUGAGAAGAUCAAGGAGCUGAUGAAUGUACUGGAGAUGAGAAAGUGCGAGGCUAUUCAGUUCACUUUUAAACAGGUUAGUAAGUACUUCAGCGAAGUCUUCAAGAAACUCGUGCCCACUGGACACGCACAACUCGUCAUGAAGACGGCCGAUGGGGAGGAGGGCGAUGAUGAUACAUCCACUGCUGCCGAUUCUGAUCGGUUCAUUGGUGUCGGGAUUAGAGUUUCGUUCACUGGACAAAAAGCUGAGAUGAGAGAGAUGAAUCAACUUUCGGGUGGGCAAAAGUCUCUUGUGGCACUUGCCCUGAUAUUCGCUAUUCAGAAGUGCGAUCCAGCACCUUUCUAUCUAUUCGAUGAGAUCGAUCAGGCUCUCGAUGCCCAGCACAGAAAAGCUGUUGCUGAUAUGAUCCAUGAACUCAGCUCUGACGCACAAUUUAUCACCACAACUUUUAGACCUGAAUUACUGCAGCACGCAAAUAAAUUCUAUGGGGUUAAAUUCAGGAAUAAGGUGUCUCACGUAGAGUGUGUCACCAGGGAAGAAGCUGCUGACUUUGUCGAAGACGACACAACUCACGGAUAAACGGAAAAACAUAUUUAUUUUUAUUAUGAAGAUAAAGAAAACAUCAUCUAUUAAUUUUUCAGAGUUUCUGCUGUAAUUCUAAUUCAAUUCGUGAGGAUUCAACUGGGAAAUGUUGAUUCGCUCUUCAAUUUGUAAUUUUAAUGGAGCUGACAA